AGCCGCCCAUGACGUCUAGGCCACAUCCUGGAUUAAAAGUUUGCCAUUGCCGUCAAUUUCUCGUCGCUUUCCCUCAAGUCUCUUCCGUCCAUAAUUGCAAACUACCGCUACAUGCCUUCAAACCAGAAGCCAGCACCAUGAGCCAGAAAUCCGGUUCAAACGGCAGCCUAGGCAACUCCAGUAACCCUCGCCCGGGCCAGUCUCCCUUUCCUCCAUCCAAUGCAUUAGUCCGACAAACAACGCAAGGCUCCCAGCGGAGCAAGGACACCCAGCAAAGCCAAUCGUACUCGAGUUCAUACAGCAACAACUUCAAUCGUAACACUGCCAGGUACAGCACCGGAAGAACUGAAGAAAGCUCUCGUUAUAGCCAAGAAAGCAUAGACCCUCCCGAUCGGUCACAAUCGCCUCCGCUUCGGCGGAAACAAGGAGAGAACGACAACAGAAAGAACUGGGAAGAAAGCAUAUAUGGGUUGUACGGAGACAUCAAAACGCCCAGAGAACCGCCGCCACUGCCAAUACCACCACCACAGCCUCAGCAAGAGCAGCCACGGCGCCGAAACCAAGAACCAGAACCAGAAGAGGACGAGGGAAAUAAUUCGUUUGAUGAGGAAGUUCCACGGCGUACAAUCCCGCAAUCGGAACGGCAAAGACCCCGCUACAGCCGCCCCCGCCAGAGUUCCAGGCCGGAGCGACCGGAACCGAGGCGCCGAGCCUCCCGCCAAGAUCGACAGCAAAACGAGCAGCAAGGAGAACAAAAUGACGACGCCAACUAUCGGCGCGUGCAUGUCAACAUUGAUAUCGGCGGUGGUGGUGAAGGGCGCUCGUGGUCCUGGAGUACUAAUGGGCGUGGAGGACCCAAUAUCAACUUCGGAACUCCCUUCGCAGAUACAGGUUUUCCGUUUGGCGGUCGGAAUAACAACGGCGGCAGACUGCCUGUGAAUAUCCCUUUCGGUGGCGGACUUCCCAUCAACCUCCCCUUUGGUUUGUAAUAGAACAAGGCCAAGUCAACUUUUUGUACACCUGCAUCAUAAUUAUUGAGCGAUAUCAGCAAAUAUUAGGGAAGCUUACUUCAUGAUGACGUUAAUGCGAGGCUCAGUCUGCUUCGCUAAGGAGUUUGUAUCAUCACUCAGGGCAAGAAGUCCUAAGAAUGGUUUCCCCAAGUAACGUCAUAAUCAGCUUGAGCAUCUUUUGUAAGCGUUAAUGAAGGGUAAGGAUCUCUACAAUUGAACAACAUGACGGAAAUCGCUAAAGACCGUCUCUGCCCAGUCACCUCGAUGGUUUGCGU